AUGCCAUCAGUCCCAUUAACGGCGGCGGCCGUGAUUGCUGGACUAACGGGCAUCUCGGCCCUUUACUCGUCCUUCUUCCUGCUCCGCAAUUACAUCAAGGCCCGGGCUAUUGGUGUGCCCAUCCGUGUGAUUCCUGUUAGUCACAGCGACCCUUUCUGGAUGCUGAUGGACCGGCCUGUCCUCAGCGUUCUCAGGCGCUUUGGACUUGGGAGCAGCAGCUUUGCCAGAUACGGUUUUCGCCUAUGGGAGAUUGAAGAUCGCGCCAAAUUAUAUCAGGAGAUGGGCCCUGCUUUUGUUCUGGUCACCCCAGACAGAAAUUGGCUAUACAUUGCCGAUCCAGAUACUAUUAACGAGGUGUUUCGCCGAAGAACUGAUUUCCCUCGGUGUGUCGAGCUGACAGAGGUUCUCGACGUCUUUAGACCAAGCAUUGCUACGGUACAGCGCAAGAUUGUAACGAGCUGCUUUACCGAACCUACAAACGAGAUCGUCUGGUCCGAGAGUCUCUGGCUUGCCAAGGACAUGUUGCAAUACUGGACUUCAAAGCCCUCUCUUGCGACAACCGCCCGGGACUGCCGCACCUUGUCGCUGAAUGUACUCUCUCGUGCCGGAUUUGGAAAGUCAUUUAAAUUCGAGGGCCAAGAAGAGCAAAUUAACUCGAGCGAAACCUACCAAGGGUCUUUGCAGAUGAUCCUCGAAAAUUGUUUCCUCAUUUUUGCGUUUGGUACCAAGGCACUUGGAAACCCUUGGCUGCCAGAGCAGCUAAACAAGGUCCACAAGGCAUGCGAGGCUUUCCAAAACUACAUGACGGCGAUGUAUGAGGAGGCCAAGGGAGCGGAUAACUCAACCAGCAAGAAUUUCAUCGCCUCGUUGGUCCGCGCUAGUCAAAGGGAGGAUGAACAUGCGUUGACAGAAAAGGAGCUAUACGGGAAUAUGUUCACAUUCAAUUUUGCUGGCCAUGAUACCACGGCACACACAUUCACUUUUGCUCUAUAUUUUCUCGCUGCGUAUCCAGAUGUCCAAGCCUGGAUCAACGAAGAGAUCAGGGAAGUCUUCAAGGACGAGGACUACAGCUACGCGCGUGACUUUCCCCGACUCAAACGCUGUCUGGCGCUUAUGCUCGAAACACUCCGACUAUUUACACCAGUUCCUGUAGCCAAAUGGACAGAGAGCCAAGAGCAACGUCUCAAUGUUGGUGGCGGUAAGACGGUUGUGAUCCCCCCAAAUACAAUGGUCCUCCCAUCCUACGCAGCUAUCCAGAGUGAGCCGGAUCACUGGGGCAAUGACCCCCUUGUCUGGAGACCGUCGCGGUGGAUUGAGCCUAUAUCGGACUCAAUCUUACGACCAGGCUCAGAAGAGCUCAUCAAAUGGCGCAAGGGAACGUUCCUCGGCUGGUCUGACGGCGCGCGUGACUGCCCAGGCCGCAAGUUCUCCCAAGUCGAGUUUGUUGCGACCAUGGCGACAUUGUUUCGGGAUUGGCGUGUUGAUCCGGUUCUGGAACAUGGAGAGACUCUGGAGAGCGCACAGGAGAGAGUGAAGAAGCUGAUUGAGACAGAUUCAGGCCCUGUUCUUCUACUCCAGAUGCUUCACCCUGAGCGUGCGCCUCUAAGAUGGACUCGUUGGAAGGUCUGA